ACCAUCACGCAUCGGUUUACGAAAGUACAAUGUAAGCCCAUGUCCUGUUGUUAUUGGUGUGUCUUCGUUGACAAAUCAAUAGAGUCGGUUUUAAUAGUUUUAAGAGUUUUCAUAGUUUAGGAAUAACGGUUACGUCAAUUGUCAAAAGCAAAGCCUGUUUCCUACUGAAUUUUGUGAAUUCACUAUCCAAUUUAUAGCUAAUUUACUGAAUUGUGCAUCACUGAAUGAAUGAACCCCAGCAAUUUCUGUCUGGUGUAAAAUAAGAACAGAUACAUCUGCACACCGAAAGCUCCCGUUUGAAGGAUGUUAAUGCUGCUGUGUAAUGUUGGAGCACAUAUUCGAGACUUCUCUCUGUCUGAGGAAGAUGCUGGUGAUCAUAUUGCUUAUAUUUGAUCCAACACCCACCCUAUUGGACACUGGGGAGGAACCUCGGUUAGAUGUGCUGAUCAACAACGCUGGUAUCUACCAGUGUCCUUACACCAAGACAGAGGACGGCUUUGAGAUGCAGUUUGGGGUCAACCACCUUGGCCCUUUCCUGCUUACCCACCUGCUGCUGGACCUCCUGAAACAAUCAGCUCCCAGCCGCAUCGUGGUCGUCUCCUCCAAACUCUACAAACACGCUCACAUUAACUUUGAGGACUUGAACAGUGAGCAGAACUAUGACAAGGCCUUCGCCUACAGUCGCAGCAAACUGGCCAACCUGCUGUUCACCUGUGAGCUGGCCCAUCGCCUGGAGGGCAGCGGAGUGUCUGUGAAUGCUCUGACUCCAGGCAUAGUGAGGACCAACCUGGGGAGGCAUGUUCACAUCCCAGUGUUAGCUAAGCCCCUGUUUAACCUGCUAUCCUGGGGUCUGUUUAAGAGCCCUGAAGAAGGAGCUCACACCUCAGUCUAUCUGGCGUGCAGCUCAGAUGUAGACGGUGUGCAGGGAAAGUGCUUUGCCGAUUGUAAGCAUCAGGUUCUGCUGGACAAGGCCACAGACCAGGAAGUGGCCCGUAAACUGUGGGACAUUAGUGAAGUCAUGGUGGGCAUAACCACGUGAGAGCUAAAGUGGAUUCAGGAAUGCUCAUCUCGAAAGAGUCAAGCCAAUUGUCUGAAAUCCUGAACAAUUGUAAAUAUUUAGUGCCUUGCUCUGUACAACAGUGUUGACAUGAGUUCCAAAGUCACCAAAUAAUUAUUUGUUCCAGCUCCAGAAUGCUUAAUCCUCCAUCCAGUGCUCCACUAAACACUGAGACCCCAGCAGUAAGUUCCAGUGUGGUUUCCUGAAGGCACAUACUGCUGUGGUUGCCAUGGCAUUCACUGACAGCAGGUACAUUAGCAGGGAGCUGACAGAAACAUGUGAGACAAGUCACUUGUGUGAAUAUGUUCUAAGUUUUGACAGUUGAUGUAAACUUUCAUACUUUACAUGCAAUACGGUCCAUAAACGGUAUAAACGUGUUAUCCAUACCAGCCUCAUACACACUGCUGGUUAACCACAGCAGUGUGUGUGAGCAGCACAGUGCACUUUGUAUAUUAGUGUGUUCUGCACACUUUAAUCUGUACAGAUGUUCAAGACCCUUCAGCGUACAUCUGAUCUGGGAUUAACUUUUAGAUUUCAGUGUGUUUCACUUUUACCGUAUUCAAUCGUGGAACCCAGUAUCUCCAAUUUAAUGGUAGAAAUUCAGAUUUGCUGUUUGUUGUUGACCAGCCUCAAUGUUAUUAUGGUUGGUUUAUUCUCUGUUUCUCCUUUGACCCACAAUCUUUCAGCAGAAUUUCCUUUGGUGGAUUUCAAGUGGUUAAUCAUUUUCUAUUUUCAAGUUUAUUUGAAGUUAAAUUAUGAAGAGGCAUUAUUUUUUGAUGCUUACUGAUUAAUACAUUACAUUACAGUCAUUUAUCAGACGCUCUUAUCCACAGAUACUUACAGUGAAUGAACUACAGGGACAGUCUCCCUGGAGCAGCUUAGGGUUAAGUACCUUGCUCAGGGGCACAAUGGUGGCAGCUCUGGUGUUCAACUCAGAAGCCGUAUCAGAUGCAUCACUAGACCACUGGCCACCAGCACACUUAUUGAUGAAGAGUAGACAGGAAAAGCCUUAAUGUUCAUGCCAUGGCAGUAAAAAAUGGGGCUUUCAAUGGAAACAUGAUGAGUGUGUGUAGAACUGCUCAGAAAUGUGUGAUUUAAAUAAAUGUUGUAUCACAGUCUGAAUCUCAUUGACGUGAACAAUAUGUUUUUAAGUAUGCAUAUUCCUGUUCAAAAGUGUUCUUAUGAUCUCUUUAAUGUUACCGUUACCACACUAUAUGUUUAUCUUCUGAAACAAACACACUGGACUCACUAAUAAACAUAAAGGACUUGUGAAGA